UCUUAUCAACGAGAGAGCGGGUACUGUGUGCUGCCAUCUGUUGGCUUACCUGCCGGCGCCUUGUAUCCUGCAUCUGAUUGGCUGAAAGGUUAGGGGGCGGGGUUUUAGCCAUAACUCUGUACUACAGUUCUGUACAGCGGUAAACCAGUGCGUGCGCGCGUGUGUGUGUGCGCGCGUGUGCGCGUGUGUAUUAGGAGUUUAUGACGUUAUUUAGUGCGUUAGUGUGACUCUUUACACGGAGCUGGGUGUACUGUAGGUGGAAGUACAGACGCUGAGGAGUCGCUUCUUUCCCAACAGUGUGGCGCCUUUACUGAAGGUGCAGGUGGCGCUCGAUUCUUCAUCGCUUCUCAUGUGCAGUGCCGAUGCGUGACUCCUCGCCAUGCGACUCUGUGUCAGGAUCAUCACUCAGCAUGAACAGUGCAGGCAGCUGUGACAGCGUGAUCAGCAUCAACUCGGGCUAUAGUGACGACAGUAUGGAGCAUCUUUCUGCUGAGGAGCGCGCAUGUCUCAUGUUCCUGGAGGAAACCAUUGAGUCUCUGGAGGUGGAGAACGACAGUGGCAUUUCAAAUGAUGAACCAGACCACCAGUCUUGCAAUCUGACAUAUAAGAUGGCUCACCUUAGCUCUAUUAGCCAAGUUAAUCCAAAGGAGCUAUCGGUCCAUGACAAUCCCAAUAAAGUUUUGGGAAAAGACCAUAAACCCCACAAAUUGCUAGUUCCGACUCCACUAGUUUUAGCCAACGGUAAUGCCAAAUUACUGAAAAAAACUGAUUUCUCUACGUCUGCACCAAAACCAGCUGUACUAGUUAAAACACCUAAAACCGCUUCAUUAAACUCUCACCAGUCUUCAGCGUUAAUGACUUCUGCAAGUGGAAUUACUAUAUCAGCUCCAAAUCCUGGGAGACACGAACCCAAUUCUUACGCAUCCAGCAAGCUGACUGAUUUGCCACCUUCUUUUAUACCUGAGCCUCCAGUCAAACCUGACUCUUCAAAUGGUGCUCUAGCCAAAGACCACCCUCCUAAGAGUAAUCUCGAUCCAAGGUCAGAUCAAAAUCAAAAGAGUGUUUCAUCCAAAACGCAGAUGGAGCUGCUUCCUCCUCCUUCAGACUUUAUGGAUGCGCCAGUACUCCUUCCACCAGUACACACUCCACCAGCAGGACAAAGCCAAGCCCAAACCUCAACUCAACUUUCCUCAAAGCUUGCAUCCCAAUUCCCAUCACAGCCAAGUCAAAGUGAAAGCAUGCCAAUCGCCCCUCCUCCGGGUUUUGACGGACAUAUCGAAACAAACAAGCCUCUAACAGCACUGUCUCCAAAUGAACUAGACAAGUUGCGCAAAAAAGCUUCAAUGAAGAAAGCCCCUGAAAAAGUACCAGUAGUUCUGGUAAAACCUGGCCAUAAUGUGUCAGACCAGGCAAAUUCUCCAACCUUUGAUCCAGAUACCAGUUCAGUUACAGCAGUGGAAUAUGGAGAACCUAAAAGCCCACCCAUUGUGGCACCCAAACCCAAAAAACUGCCUUCCAACAUUGUCCUAAAAAACCACAAAGAUGCCACACCAGGUCAUUCCUUUGUUUCACCAGGUGAUUGUAUGAUGAUCAACAAGCAGAAGGUUCACCUGGAAGCUCUGAAGAAACUAGGCUUGCUGAAGAGUGAUGAGAUCAACUCAGGCCUCUGCACCAGUCCACCACUCAAGGCCUCUCCACAGACUUCCUUUAACAAGAGCACUUCUGCAGCAUCACCUUCUGCAGAACCUACUGCUGAUUCUGUCCUUGUGCAUGCCGAGCACCAUGCAGUAGUUGAGGCACAAGGCAAAACGCAGUUUUCAUUUUUACCCGUACACCCUGAAAAAGGAGAAAAAGAAAAUCUGUUGAUCACAAGGUCACAGAGUCCAAAACCCUUUGAAAUGAAAUCAGCAUCCACGGAGCGAUCGGGCGUAGGACUGAAAAGCCUUGCACUCGAGAACCCCUCACAGUCAACAAGCCAGGAAGAGAGUCCCGAAAAUUUGGCACUUCCACUUCUGCAAAAUAACAGACCUCGAUGUGCUUCUGAGGGAAACUGGAAAGACUUUAGUCAUGACCAGAUAUCUUCUGGAUCAAACAGAGAACCAGAGCUCAGGAGAUCUCUUCACAUCCCUGCUCCAUCACUGGCACAACCAAAGAUUGAGUCCUCGAAGUCUCUUCGGUCACAUGGCAUCAGCGUGGUCAUCUCCCCACAGAGUAAAAACAGCGAGGACCGCAAGCAGGCUCUGAUGAGGUUGGGACUGAUCAAAGACUAAGCUUUAAAAAUGCUUUCGAAACAGACUGUAUAUUUGACUUCUGGGUCAAUAUUACUUUCCAAAAUAAGAAUGCUCAUCCAAGACCAGUAUAUAUCUUUUACUUUCUAAUCUUUAGACUGGAAUGGGGAGGCUAUGGUGUAGCACUUUUACUCUAGACAGGUUUCCAGCCUUGGUCCAGGAGAGCCCUCUGUCCUCUUUGAAUUCUUGAAUGUUCUGGACGUGUUGGAUUUUUUUUUUUUUUUUUUUUUUUUUUGCUUUGGUGGAUAUGUGUUAAUAUUUAGCAAGUAUAGAAGUUAAUUGUGGAUGAAUUGUGAUUCUACUAGUGUGCCUGCUGCUACAUUAUUUCUAGUUGAAAUAAUGUUAAUUCAUUAGUUGAAGUAUCUGUUUGGAAAUUGAAGGAUAAUUACAAAUGUCUAUACUAAAAUGCUUAGUAGUAGGUGUUUCCAUUAGUAGACAGCCCUUACACUCAUAGUGAGCAAGUUACCCUGCUGUUUUUUUUUUCUUUCUUAGAGAGGUCUUCAUUAUUGAAAACAAGGACUAGAGUGCAUUUGACACCAAUGCUCAGUCGGAACAUUGCUUAGCAAUGAUAUUCAAACUGUUCUUAAUUGUCCUACAAGCCUUGUUUCAAGGAUGCACUUAUUCUCUUUUGAACAGCACUUUAUUAUGCAUGCAUGAAAAAAAUCUAUGAAUACAUUCAUUAAUAAACUUCUCAUUCUCGAUUGCAUUAUCUGUGAGCUUUAUUAUUAGUACUAAAAUGUCAGGAGCUUGAAAUCUUCAUGGUGUCUGUUCACAUACCACCAUCGGUAGGAGAGCUGAUGUAGGAUCAGUUUGUUUCCAUAAGCACAAGAGGAACCUGAUUUGAAACCAUCCACGAGUGCCAGUACAGACAAGGGCAUUAUCAGGGUGUGAUACAAUUAUCUCCAGGUUGUUCAGGCACUGACUCACACGCAAAGCCUUCGUCCUCGAAAAAAAUCUGCUGAUCCAUGUUUUUCAUUUCAACACAACUCCGGCAUACUCAGGGUUCUUUUCGUGGUUUCAGCAGGUCGCAAUCCUGGAGAAACCAGUCAGACCUGAUUCGAGGCACCAGGUCUUUAUGGUUUUAAGUCAGUGUUCUGUAACAUUACCCCUGUCUCUCACCUUGUAAUUCACGUUGCUGUUUUAACACGCAUUUAAGAUGUCCGACUUUCUAAAGACCUCAUUCAUUUUGGAAAUGUACAAUGAUGUCACACUUGAUGUUGAAACUCGACACGUAAAACCUCCCAUUUAAAGUUGUCCUUCUGCUUUUCCUUUGUAUAGAGGGAAUUGUUUUUUCUUCCUCUCACCUUUUUUGGUCUGCAGAUUUUGGGGUUUUUACAAAUCUAACACAACACUUAAAACGACUUAAAAUUUUUCUUACAUACUUGAGCAUUUUGUUAUUUGGCUCUACAAUUCAAAUAGCGAUUGACUACUGUUAGGAUUUCUGUAAAACAGUGUUGUACGCCUAAAUGGAUACCAAAUUCGAGUUAUUUAAAAGAAACUGUGAGAGCUAUUCAGUGCUACGCAGGCACACAAAAAUGAGGACUUGUACUUCUACAGCGUUGUAGUGUCCUCUAGUGGAUUUGUAAGUGUACCACUAGUGAGUCUUCUUAUUACUUGGUCCUCUAGUGCAGGGGUGUCAAACUUAAAUUCUGUCCCAAGGACUUCCAAAUUCAAAGUCUAUACAAACUGUAUACUGUAUAUAUUAUUUCAUGUUUUUUUUUGUUUGUGAAUGAAUGAAUGAAUGUAUUCCUUUGUUUUUGAUCACAUUUUAUAGGAUACCAGCUGUGAUGAGAAACAGGAUUAGCCAAUUGUGGUGAUGAUUUUUUUUUUCCUGUUUCUGUCUAAAAGCUGUUCACCAGAUAGAUACACUAUAGCUGUUGAUUUUAACCCACGUUUCAGCACUGAUCCAAAACAACGAUCCAAAACAUUCGUCCAAAUCUACACAAAACUGGCCUCAGAAUCGAGCUUUUUCAAGACGUGUGCAUCCCAGUCCACUGAACUAAACCCCGUUGAGCACCUGUGGACUGAACUGAAAAGGAGCGUCUACAAGAGACAACCUAGAACCCUGAAGGAUCUGGAGAGAUUCUGUGUCGAGGAAUCUCGGUUUCCUCACUCUGUAUCCUCAGAAGAAUCAAUGCUGUUAUGUUGACAAAGAUUUUUACAAAGGAUUAUAUCGCAGAGCCUUUCUUACAGUAAAUUUUCUUCAAUUAAAGGUUAGAAGCUUAUUUGUUAA